AGUUUGAUUUAGGUGUUAUUUCUUAUUUAAGCACACUAAGGCUUCGAAUUUAAUUCGAGAAAACUUUAAUUGUCGUACAUAAAGUAAAAUAUAAGUAAAGUUAAAUUGGGAGUAUAAACAUCAAACAGCUACGAUUAGUUAUCGUUUCGUUUUUAUGUGUAUUACAGAAUAAAUGGUGUUUUUGUAAAUAUAUUUGCAUGUGUAAUAAUACAACACAUCUACAUAAUAAGCUGGACGAUCAUCAUUAUAGCAAUUUGAUUUAUAUCAUGAAAAUAUUCGCUUCCCUUUAAUAGCAUCCUAAUAUAAUACAUUUUCGUACAUUGGAGCACUUGAAAAACGUAGUUUAAUACGCCAACAAAAUGAGAUCUACGGAUCACCGACCACAAGGCUAUAGCUUUGGUUUUACCAUGUAACCGCUGGUAUAUUUGUCUAUUUGAAAUUACAUGAGCUUGCAUUGUGUAUUAUUAGCGAACUUUAGGAGGAACGAAAUAUAUUGAACGUUUUAUACGAAAAUACUCGGAUACGCAAAUGAGUAAGUCGAGCUCUUCCGUUAGAAGGUCAAAUUCAAUGUACGUGUAAAACCACCACACUCGUUUUGACAAUAAUUAACUUAGAGUAUGAUUUGUGAUGGCUACAGAGGUCGGCUGUAUCAAUUACGGCAGAAGGAAUUGCCACGUCUGUGGCUCGCGGUUUUUACUUUUUUUAUAUUAAGGGAUAGUAUGGUUAACUCUGAGUUAGCAAGUGAUAUGGAGAAUUACCAGUUUGUUAAUAAUGGCCGCUUGGAUUAUAUGAUGCGCCAUAUGGUACCACGUGACUAUAAUGACAGAGUGAACUCGAAAUCCUUGACAAAUUUGAAAUGGCAACAUUUUUCUAAAAACAGCUUUUCGUAUAGCAACGAAGAUGAAAUACUUAGCAACACAAUUAUUCAGACACUAGCUUUGAUAUUAGAAAAACCAGUUAUUUUACUAAGUCCAAAAAAUGUGACACUUCAUGAUGAAACAAAACCAGUGAUUCAGACAAUUUGUCUGAUGGCUAAUGUUAUUUCAUCAUCUGCAAUACAAAGACAUAAACUAUCACUAUACGCUAAUCAUAUUCUGCAAGAAGGAGGUGUAAAACUAUUAAAUCGUGAAAGUUUAUUUGAACACCACAGCCAUACUUUGCACGACUCUGAUGUUAAAUCAACUCAAAUUGUACCACCAACAAGUACACAAUCCAUUGUUAAUGUUUGCGGAUCAUGUCAAAUGCGAGAACAAGUGAAGCUCAAAAGCUUAGAAUCAAUAAAAAAUCUUAUUCUCAUACGCUUACAAUUACAACGCUUGCCAAAUAUAACCAAACCCGUUGCUGUACCUCAUAACAUUAUUGACAAAUUCUAUAAAAACUUUCAUGGUACAGUGAGAGACAACUUCGUCGGCAACAGUAUGAACUCUGAGGCGCGAAAUGCAGAUUUAAAUGGACUAGGGCAACAGAAAAACAGUAACCCAAUCUUACCACAAUACACAAACAGGAUGCAUAGAACUCAUGACCUGUAUGGGCAACGGCGUAUCUUUGAUAAUCAAAAUACACAAGGGCAAUAUCAGACAAUCCACAGAUCACGCAGUAAACCUUCGCUUCAUCCUUCUGUUAUUCACUCUCACGACAAUUACGAAAAACUAUUUGAACCAACUGAAAAUAUGCAAAACGAUGAAUAUGUACAGAAUGACGACCUCCAACCGCAAUACGAUGAUCAACAAAUGCUUAGUAAAAACAAUCGAAGAGAACGAAUGAAUUACCAGCAAGAACAAUUGUUUCCUCCAAUUGAAAGUGAUAUUUAUGAUGGCUUACCCAAUGAAAAUUAUGGUACAUAUGACCCCAUAAGGGACGUAGAUGAUGAAUCGUUCUCACGUGUUAACAGCAUAUAUGUUUUUCCAUCCGUUUCUCGAAUGCGUCACAAUCGUAGAUGGGAUGUAAUCAAUUUUAAAUUUGAUCACAGCCAUUUAACAAUAGUUCGUACGAUUAUUCAUCUUUACAUACGUGGUCGGGAUUGGAUGAGAAAACAUUAUCCCGAAAUAUUAAAACAAACAGUUGUUAAUGGGAGGACUAUGCGAAGUCGUGACUUAAUAAUCAUGAUCCAUCAUGUCGCGCGAGGUUCGCAUUAUCAAAACCGCACACAUACGUUAAAAUUAGUAGAGAGCCGUCAUUACAUACCAGCGGGUUUAGGACAAUGGGUACAAUUCGAAGUUAAACACAAACUACCAUUUUGGCUGCAGCAAAAUUAUAUUACCAUGACGCUUGCAAUUAAGACACGUGAGGCUUGGAUGCGACCAUUUUUAGUAAUCGAUUCGGAAGAUGCACAAAAUAAUCAAUUUCCUCUACACAUCGAAGCAUUUAUCAGACAACCUCGUCGCCGAAAACGAAGCACAUCUUUAGAUUGCCAAGAGAGUGACCAUGAAGUGCGUUGCUGUCGAUAUCCACUAAAAGUAAAUUUUACUAAUUUCGGCUGGAACUUUGUCGUUGCGCCAACCUCAUUCGAUGCAUACUUUUGUAAUGGAGAAUGUAAAGUUGGUUAUUUGGAACAAUAUACUCAUACGCAUAUUGCAUCAUUAACUACUUCUGCGACUCCCUGCUGCUCUCCAACUAAAAUGAAUUCUUUGAGUUUACUUUAUUUCGACCACGACCAUAAUUUAGUUUUAAGCACGAUACCUAAUAUGUCGGUAGAGAAAUGUAGUUGUUCAUAAAUAAUUACAAAUCUCUGGCGUAUUAAUUUAGGAAUAUUAAAUGCUAUUCCAUGUUUGAAAAUUAUUUCUAUACGCAAUAGACAUAACUAGCAUGACUAUUGAAUUUCGGGUUACAUUAAUAUACAAUAAUAAUAAUAAAUGCGUGGUAUACGUAAGUAUAUUUGUAUGUUAAGAAUUGUGCCCAAUAACCAGUUGUCAGUUCUGUGUUUGUUGAUUUCAACAUCCACAUCGAAAAAAGAUAUAUAGUAGAAGUAACAUCAAAUACCAAACAAAAGUUAAAGUGCUAGUUAUAUGCAUAUGACUUUUCGAUCAAAUUCAAACUUUCAACAUCCUCGCCAUUAUAAUGACUUAAAAUAAAAGUAUAUUUUUAGCUGUACAUCAUCUUUUACAUCUGUAUAAAAUAAAGUAUUCAUAUAUCGUGUCAAAAAAGUACCCGGGUAUUGUAAAUAAAACGCAAAGUAUUUAAUUAUUCAUCAA